UGUUCGAACAGUCCUGUCACCACUGGAGUUUGUAAUGAGAAACAAACGCAUGGCAAAUAUCCUGGACCUGUGUGUGCUUCUGUUGAUAGCAGGCCCAAUACCAGCCCCAUUAAGGAUGGUAACAGCAGAGGGGUUAAAGGUGAGGCAGUGGCCCCCUUCACUCACUGUAAUGCGGGGUCAGAGUGCCAACCUGUCCUGCCGUUUCGAGGCCACGUCCUACGGGGUGGACUGGUUCAAGAUAGAGGGGGCCGAAAAGAUCCCCAUCCCAGAUUCAGCUGGGCAGACGUCCCUGGUGAUUACCGAGGUGUCCGUGGAGGAUGCCGGUGUGUAUUACUGCGAGGUCAACGUCCUACACAGAGAUUCAGAGCGAGGGGGCGGCACAAAGCUCAUUGUCCUGGGUAAGACAGAAGCAAAUUAGCCUGGUCCCAAAUCUGUUUGUGCUAUCUUGACAACUCAUAUGGCCAUUGCUUGGCAUGAUAAUGACCAUAGGAUUAAGCUUUUUUUAAAUUAUUAUUAUUAUAUGGGACCAGGCUAAGAACUAGCUCUAAUAAAAAAUGUAUACAUCUGCCUUUAUUCUUGGAAUGUCUUAUUGUAACUCAUUAGAGUUUCUCAUCAUUUCUUCUGUCUUUGUUUGUGUUGUUGUUGUUGUCAUUGUUGUAAUUGUCUCUCAUUUGUAUCCUUUGAGAAUCUGUUUGAACCCAAACGGUUUGCAGGGAGGUUAUUACAUUUAAACCAGUGGGCU